AUGCGGCCGAUCCGGCUACCCGAGCCGCCGGGCGUCGACGGCAUGGAGACGCCCGAUAUCUUCUCUGGCAGCGGCACUGGCGGCGCCACCGUCGUUCGCCGCGCCGUCCUCAUCGGCAACGGCUCCACCGGCGCAGAGAACCAGUGUCUCGGCCUCGCCCGCGCCCUCGGCCUUGCCGACAACCUCACCCUCUACCGUGUCACGAGGCCGAGAGGAGGGAUCAAUGAGUGGCUGCACUUUCUCCCCAUUUCCAUGCACAAGUUUAUAGACCAAGUGCUCAGGCAGUUCUUCCGCAACACGAGGUUCGCGAUAGUGAUUCAGGGGAGGAAGCCGUACCGUGUCCUGAAUGGCGGAUCGGUUGGGUUGUCUGCAGUUCUGGAAGCAGACGUCAGGAAGAUUGUUACUGUGGCUCGUGGUACAUAUGAGAAGGAAGGUCCGACAUUAGUCGUUGCUUGUGGCUGGGACACCAUAUCAUAUUCAAGCUUGAUAAGGAAAAUAGCUUCAGAUAAUGUGUUUGUCAUCCAGAUCCAGCACCCACGGUCUCGCCUUGAUAGGUUUGAUUUGGUGGUGACUCCUCGCCAUGAUUACUAUGCUUUAACCGCUAGUGGACAACAAGAAAUUCCACGCCUGUUCCGCAGAUGGAUUACUCCACAGGAACCGCCCAGGAGCAAUGUGGUACUUACUGUUGGUGCACUACACCAGGCUGAUUCUGCUGCGCUACGGCUUGCUGCUAUAGCCUGGCACGAUGAACUUGCCCCUUUGCCUAAGCCGUUGCUAAUUGUCAACAUUGGGGGCCCCACCAGGAAUUGUAAAUAUGGUGUAGAUCUUGCCAAGCAGCUCAUAACUUCUCUGUAUAAUGUGCUAGAUAGCUGUGGGAGUGUCAGAAUCUCAUUCUCUCGGAGAACACCAUGGAAGGUCGCUGAUAUUGUAUUCAAAGAAUUUGCUGGACAUCCUAAGGUCUAUAUUUGGAAUGGUGAAGAACCUAAUCCUCACAUGGGACAUCUUGCAUGGGCUGAUGCUUUUGUCAUAACAGCAGACUCGAUAAGUAUGUUAAGUGAGGCAUGCAGCACAGGGAAACCUGUUUAUGUUGUUGGGACCGAACACUGUAAAUGGAAGUUUUCAGCUUUUCACAAGACUCUACGGGAGCGAGGGGUUGUUCGUCCGUUCACUGGAUUGGAAGAUAACGAGGGUGGACAGUGGGGGGAUGAUAGUGAUCAUAAGGAGCCCUGUAUUAUUUUGUCAACUUUGGUUCAGAGAAUGAUAUAUAUGAGCCCAUCAGCUUUUGCCAAGACUGAUGUCUUUAGUAGAUUUUUUGCUGUAUAUGGCAGAACUCGGAUGCCCUUGGCUUCUGUUGCAUGCCGGAAUUGA